AUGGCGGUCUCCGGCAGCAGCAGCGCGGGCAGCAGCAGUGGCUGCGGAACUCUGGGUGCUGCUGCAUCUCACCUGGAGCUGCUGCGUGCUGCACAGAAGGAUGACUUCUACUGCCGGGUCUAUGCCCAGCAGCUGCAGCAGCUGCUGCAGCAGCUGCAGCAGCUGCUGCUGCCUUCGCAGGGAGAGAGGCUGCGAAGACAGACUGCGUCCUCUACAGGGAGAAGCAGCAGCAGCAGCAGCAGCAGCACCGACACCGCUCAGGCGCCGGCUGCUCAGGCCGCGUCCAGCAGCAGCAGCAGCAGCAGCAGCAGCAGCAGCAGCAGCAGUUUGCUGCCAUGGAAUCGUUGGCUGCGGUGCGUUAAUGCUGCAGCAGCAAAUCUGUUUCUGCUGCUGCAGCAGCAGCAGCACGCAGCAAGGGCCCUGGUGCAGAUGCUGUACUUCACAGCUUCUUUGGGGGGCAGCGGCCAGCAGUCCCUGGGGGAGGAAUACUGUGAACUGAGAGCGGUACUUGCUGCUGCUGCUGCUGCGUUGGCUCGCCUUGCUACGGUGGCAUGCGCGGCCGUUUGCUGCUGCUGUGGGCUGCGGUGCUGCGCUCGAUCCCUUUUGCUGCUACUGCGGCUCUCAUUGCAAACAUUUGCAGGGGCUUUUGGGACAUCUCCGCCGACUGCUGCAGCAAUUGAUGAUUUUCUUGCGCUUCUGCGGCGCUUUCACUUGGCGCUCUUUUUCUGGGAUGGAAGAUUUUUGCAUUUUUCGCAGAGGUUGCUGCAGCGCCGCCUUUUUCGGCUGUACGGAGGCCUGGCUUCGCGUGCUGCUGCUGUUUACAUGAGGGGUUUUGCUGCAGUGCUGCUGCUGCAGAGUUUGCUGGUUAUUCAUUCUUUGUUUAAUAUGUUUAAGAAGCAGAAAGCUCGGCAGCACUUAAACAAAGAAGCUGCUGCUGCAGUUGCUGCUGCUGGUGCUGCUGCUGCUGGCAGCAGCAGCAGCGAGGGAGGGGACGGGACGCAGCCACCCGACGAGACCGACAUGCCCAGCAGCAGCAGCAAAAGCAGCAGCAACAGCAGCAGCAACAGCAACAGCAGCACCAGCGGCAGCAGCAGCAGCAGCAGCAGCACUUUGGUUUGUUUAUUUUGCCAGAGCUUUUGCUGCGUCCCGACUGCAGCUGCCUGCGGGCACAUUUUCUGCUGGUCUUGCAUCAGCAAAUGGUGUCAGCAGCAGCAGCAGCAGCAGGAGCGGCAGCAGCAGCAGCAGCAGCAGCAGCAGCAGCAGCCAACCUGCGGCCGCCUGCCCGCCGCAGCAUCUGCUGCCGCUGCGGCACUAUGA